AUGGGCCAGUCUGGUCCCACUUACACCAUCGAACAUGUUUUGCAGGACGAACGAACCCUCCUAUGUUUACAUGCUUAUACCUCCUUCGGGGCGGACGGUCACGACUUCAUAUUAAAGUACAUACAUACUGUCAAUUUUGAAGAUCUUCAAGUAGUCAAUAAUCGCCUACGUGGCAAUGCAAGCCAUGUCCGCCUUGCUAUAGACACUAUCCCUAACAAGUCUAUGUUUGUUUUCGAACACUUCACAGAUCAUCUCUUAACUCUUGUCCAGAAAGACUUGCCCCUUAUGGUGAUUAAAAGGGUUCUCAGAGAUGCCCUUGCUGGGCUUGCUGAACUCCAUGAUCAGGACAUCGUUCACACGGAUAUAAAAGCAGACAAUGUUUUUAUUAACUGGCAGGGUUUCAAAGAUGAGAUUCUUAUUGGCCAAGUUCAACUUGGGGAUCUGGAAGAUGCAGCUCAUAUUCCUCCAGGGUGCGAUAUGGUCGGGAAACAGGCAGGCAACUGGAUGUGGAGGAGCCCUGAAGCCCACGCAAGAGGGCCUGUUAACAAACCCUCAGAUGUUUUCUCGUUCGCUAUUGUUUGCAUCUGUGCUGUUCAUAAGCGCAUCAUUUUCGCAGUUCGAGAAGAUGAGUUAGAAGAGGGUAUGGAUCCCCUCGCUAUCGUAAUCGAGCGCCAGGUCUCUUACUUCGCAGAUGAAGACGGCCUCAGCGAGUCCUUGAAGCAUCUUGGUAACGACAAUCCAUGGGGCUCGCGUUUUCGAAGUGACUCGGGACGGAUUCAACCAGGAGACCCCGCGUGA